UGGACAAGUCUGGCAACAGGGUCCACACAUCUGUGGUUGGCAGAGGCCACCUGAGCGGGAAGGAGCCCAGUGGGGGUGUCUGCAGAGGAAUGCGCGGUGCAGCAGGACCACAGGGAGGCAUUGACAAUACUGUCCACAACAAAGUAAAAUUAAGUUAAAUCAAAAAAGAAGGGCUCAGAUCCCCUGGAAGCACAGUUUGGGGUAUGUGAGCUGACAUGGGUCGUGCAGCCAAAGCGGGUUUUGGGGACACACUCUUGGGUUUCAACCCCAGCUGCACCUCCUACUUUCAGGGAACUUCAGGCAGGGUGUGCAGCUUUCCAAAACUUGAGUCCACUUGUCUGUGAAAAGGGUGAGGAUGGAAGGAGGUGACACGUGCACAGCACCUAUCGUGGACUCCUGCCCCCAAGAUGGAGGGAGGAGAGAGUGCCCGCGCGUCCUUUCCAUGUGGGCAUGAGGCAGGGCUGGAGGAAGCAGCUGACAUGAGCCCACAUGGUAUUUAUGCGUAACAAGCCCGCGCCAGUGCCCGUGAGGAAGCUCAGCGCCUGCGGUCAGGUCCUCCUGGGCCUGCGGAAAUCGUUUCUAAUAUGAAAACUUGGAGUGUGGCCCAGCAGCACUGCUUGCUGGCUGAGCGGGUGUUGAAGAUGGGUUUCCCCAUUUCUAGAACUUGCUGGUGGAGCUGAUGAGGGAAAGGCAGGGAAGAGUGCCUCCCCAGCCGGGCGGAGGGCACCCUCUCCUCUUCAGUGCCAUCCUCACAUAUGCCACCGCUUACGUCCCCUCAAAGCCUCGAGAGCCUGCGGAAGCUGGUCCAUCUGAGCGUGCCCAGCGAGUGGGCACAAGAGGACAGCUGCCAGUGGCCAGAUGAGCAGAAGAAAAGUAAGUGGAUUAAGAGGCCUGUGGUCCAAGUGUGGCUGGCCCACCAAUGGGGAGCUCUCCAAUCUCAUAGCUCUUCCCUGAAGAUGACACCUGUGGGAGUGUCCACCUUGCUGAGCUGUCCCAGGUCCCACUAGUCCGCAUGGCUGCUGGAGAGGGGGUCCUGCAAACCCGGGGCUGCAAGCCGGUGCUGCUGGAACCAACAGAGCACCCGGGCUCCAAGGCUGCCCUCAGCGGUGGCGGCCAGGAGGAGGCAGGUGCGGAGCUGGCACGAUCAACACCCCCAGGCGAGCUGAGACUGGGAAAAGCACUGGCCCGGACGGUGCGCUGGGAAGGAGAGCAGAGCGCCUUCAUGGAGAUGCCUCAUCUCAAGAAAAGGCUACAGGGCAUGUGGGCCAAGGAGAGGGAGCAUGAUGACUCCACAGGCCAGCCUGGCCCUCGGCAGCUUACGCAGGGCAUCCCUAGGGACCCAGCUGGCAGCACAGUCUUCUCCGAGUGGCCCAGCAGCGCGGGAAGGGAGCAGAGAAGUGCCUUCAGCAAACCAGCCAGGUGCCCAUCAGGGAGACCUGGGCCGGCCUCUCUCUUCCGGGCAGGCAGACCUGCAGAUGCCCUGGGGGAGCUGGUGGGACCCAGGCCAAUAGUAGACAUCCCUUGCUGGCCUAGACGCUCCAAUUCCAAGGUUUCGGUGAGUGAUUUCUGGAACCUGCGGAUGCUGCCACAAAAUGCUGCUCUCGGCAAUGCUUCCGCGGGUGCCCCCACGCUGUGGCUAAAGCGUGCCAUGGCCCAGAUACCCACAGCCUCCGCUCCCUCCUCGGUCUCCUGGGCCCUCCUCCCAUCCGCAUUCACGCCCCUGGGCUUGGCCACCCAGAACUGGUGCGCAAAGUGCAACCUCUCCUUUUGCCUGACCUCUGACCUGGUUUUUCAUAUGCGGUCCCACCACAGAAAGGAACGUGCGGGGCCGGACCUGCAUUCGAAGAAGCUGAGAGAGGAAGCACUCAUGUGCCCCAUCUGCCGAGAGUACUUCCGGGAGCGCCACCACCUCUCCCGGCACAUGACUUCUCACUGCUGACAGGUGGCUGUGGGCUGGGCGUGGCAAGGAGCGCGGCUCCCCGGGGCGCCGCGCAGAAAGCUGUCCGCAGCGCCUGCAGGGCGUCUGCUUUGGGAUGCGUCCACGAACGGCUCUGUCAUAACUGAAAGAGGGAGGCCUUGGCUGGGAUGUGUUUUGAAGUAAACUCAUGAAAUAAAGUG